CAAUCAGUCUGCACUCGCAUGUCCACGAGGUUGCUCGCACGGGCCAAGCAGCAUCCUCUCUCUCCCUCUCUUUCGCUUCGCCCGCUCGUAUUCCCUGUCAUUCUCUGUCUCGCUUUUGCCCCCUCUCUUUCUCUCUCUCCUUUUCUCUGUCUAUCAUUGUCUCACUCUUUCAUUCACCUGACUCUUAACGCGAGCAGUGCGUUACACAUCCCAUACGGGGGUGAUACCGAUCGCCAGUCGAGGUACUGGUCGCGGACACUGCAGCUGCGGUUGAGGUUAGGUCGACGGACCUGUCGAUCGUAGUGGCGGGACGCGGCGCGGCGGAUUUGAAUUUUCGAACGCGGUUAUCCGCGCCGUGACUUUGCCUUUAAGGUGUCGCACAUUGAUUUCGCGACCGAACGAUCGCGAACGACGAUCUCUUGCCAAGAGGACGGAUCAUUUUCCUGUCGGACGGUUGCGCGGGUUUUUGUGAUCAUUGUUGUUUACGAUUGACAGACGUUGCGCACGCCUGCGGGUUAGACGGAACGACGUUAGGCGGACCGCGCGUUUUUCGAAACAGCGGAAACGUUUGGGAGGAUGAUGCAUCGCGAGUUUUUAUCGCCGCCUUCGUCGACGUUGUUGAUGUUAUCGUUACUGAAGUUGUCGCACUCGCGUCUCGUGGAAACGCGCAGCGACGGAGACGAGCAGCUAGCCCUGUGAGGUUCUGUGAAUGUUCUCGGACAGCCGCGCGCCGCGGCUAGCCGCGCACCAGUUUCUCAGUGCACACGAGGAAAACAUGGAUAAUUCUGCGUACGUACCGAAUCAUCUACCGCCGCCGUCUCUGGUAGUGUUCUCGCAGGCCGGAGGGUUGCCUGAGGCCCUGAGAAUGCAAAGACCCUUCAAUCCACAAGUAACCGAUUCGAAGGAUCUGCAGGUGCCCUUCAGCACGGCGGCGUCGCUGGGCUACGGGCUGCAUCACAUGCUGCAUCUGCCACCGCAGUUCCUGCACCCGCUCGACCAUAGACUACCCUUCGGUGGCUUCCGGCCCCUGGUGCCGUCCGCGUUCGCGCCCCCCAGCAAGUGCCUCAAGGUCGAGACCGGGAACGGCGCGGUGCCGGGAAACGGCGGCCUGCCCAGCAUCGGCUCGCUCUCAAGCAUGUCGAACAUGUUCUCGCCCACGUCCCUACCGGGCGCGGGCGGUGGCGCAGUGGUAUCCGUUUCCGGUGCGGCGGCCGCCGCGGCCGCCGCCGUCGCCGCGGCAGGCCAGGAAGUCGGCGGGCCGCAGAGUCCGGCUGGUUCCGCGAGCCGCUCACCUACUGGUACCGCUGGUACCGGUUCCGUACCGAAUCGCGGUGCAACUCCCGAUGAAGAGGAUCGUGACGCCAACGCCACACCCGGAUCUGAAAACACCGAGCGAUCCACCCCGGAGGAGGGACGACCGUACAGACUGGGGCCUGUGUUCGGGGGCCGAUGCGGCGCGGAGGCGCUCGGUCUGGGGCUGGGGCUGUCGCCGGGCCCGGCCUACAGGUUCGCUCUGCCCCCGGGACUCGCUGCCAAGACCACCCGCUGCCUUGUAUUCGACCAAGGCAAGAAGAAAUUUCCCUCAGAUCCAUCUUGCUGCCCGGUAUGCGGAGUGACAGUGAGACCUCAAGAAUUGGAACAGCAUUUUGCUCAAGAACUUGAUCGACUGUAUAAGGUUUCUACAACACCCUCAAGACCUCGAUCUUCAAGAUCAACCUUGCCGCCGACGCAUCCCCAAGAUCACCCCCAUGGUCCGAUGCUGCAUGCCCCAUCGGCGGCGGACGGUACCCCCCAGGCUAGAUGGGAGACAUACAAGAGGAUUAAGGCCAAUAGACAGGCUAGAAUACGCGUUAAGAAUCGGAAGAGAAAAGCGGACGAAGCGUCCUGUCCGGUUUGCAGUGAGAGAUUAUCUGGCACCCCAGAGGAAUUGAAUCAGCAUGUCGAUCGAUGCUUGAAUAAGCAGAACAAUGGGAACCCGGCCGGACAGAACGCGAAUCUCGACGAGGAGGACGUCGACGUCGAGGGUGAUGCCGAGACCUUUGAGGAAUACGAAUGGGCCGGUCAGAGAAGAGUGCGUGCCUCUUCUAUGCUCGUCGGUGGAUUCUCCGCCGCAGGUCUCGCGACCUCCUCGAGCAAUCGCUCCGGUAGCGGCGUCGGAGGUGGAGGCAGCAAUCAAGAAGAUGAGGACGUGGACCUCGUAGUCGACGGCGACGAUGCCGCCGAGUUUGGUCCGGCUCAAUAUUCCGAGGCGGACGUGAUCGCGCCGCGAAUCGAUGGAACGCCGCGCGAGCAAAAGGAGCGAGACGCCCUUCGCGAAGCUGUCAUUUCGCCAAACGCGCCGCACACACCGCAACAGUUGACCCCGGAUUCCGGACUGACGGCACUGGUCGAGGUGAAGCCGGAACCGGGCACCACGACGCCCGUCGGUCAGCAAAACGAUCCCGAUGAAGGAGCCUCUGUGUCACCCAGGAGAGACGGCGACACGCCGGUCGUGGAAGCUCUUCGUGGCCGAAUCCGUGAGCUCGAGACCGAUAUGCGCGGGCAACUCUUUAAGUGUCUCAUCUGCAUGGAACAAUAUAAGAAGCCAGUCACUUCGGUAUGCUGUUGGCACGUGCACUGCGAGCAAUGCUGGUUGCAUACGCUGUCCUCAUCCGUACUAAAUAAGAAUCUUAAAUAAGUGAAUGGUCAAGUGAUGAUAUCAGUUUUGAAAUCGAUCGAGAAAUAAGAUUCCUGUUGCCGUUGUUGCAGGGCGCGAAGAAACUCUGUCCGCAAUGCAACAUGAUAACGUCGCCGUCUGAUUUGCGGCGCAUCUAUAUGUGAAUGAAUCAGCUCGACAUCCCUGUGAGCAAUCCGCGAUUCAACCGGGAUACUCGGACAAUGUUAUCAGCGAGCGCGUCUCGCUCCUGUAAAUACUUGUAUAUUUCUUUGCGUUACGUAAAUUAACUCUUUAGAAUUAAUAUGUACGUUUAUGCAUCAUAGAGCUAGUAAAUUAACUUCGUUAGUUCUUAACAAUCUUCAACACCGAGCAUCGCUCUAAGAUCUACCGAUACAUUCUUGUGCAUCUCAAUAAUUAUCGCGGCAGUAAUCAUUUACAAAUUCGCCGUCCCUUACGAAAAGUUGUGAGGUUUGUUUUCGUUUUUACACGUUUUUCGUCCAAACUAUGUAUUGUUGAAGUCGCGAUUAUGAACUAUUUCUUAUCAUAAUGUUUAUUUGGCGAUAUAUCGAUUUGUUCUAUCAAAAUGAGAUACAUUCCGAUAAUGACUUUUUUGCUUUUUUGAUACUUUAAAUAUUUUUGCGAUAAUGAUUCUUGCUAUGUUCACAAUCACGAAUAUAUUAAAAAUAAUUUCUUAUGUAAUUCCAAAUGUAAUUUAUAAUUCUUUGAGCGUCAACAAUCGCAUCACAUUGUUAUAUUAUAAACUUUAUAUAUACACCUGGAUUAACGGAUACAAGUGUCAUCGUUUGUUAAACACACGAUAAAACUGUCAUCGAUCUUUAUCGACUAAAGUCGCGCGCAUCAUACGCUCUACAAUAUCUUCGUUUCACAAACGAGAUUUUACAGAUUCUUAAGAUUAUGCGAAAGGACGAUGCGAAAGAAAACCGAUCACUGAUAAUCUUCCCUUAUAAUGUGUUUUAGCAAGAUUUUUACGUAACAAAGUUUUUCUUUUGAGUGAUCGGCCUUUUACGCGUCGGCCAUUCGGUAUAACCGAAACUUUUAGAUCAUCGCCAAACCAAGUCUCUUGCGAUGCACCAGCGAACUAAUGUAAAUACACUAAGCGGAUCAAGAAAAGAAAAGUAAAUCCCCCGAUCGCUGUUCUGUAAUCGAAAUAAACGAUCAUGGAAGGUACAAUUA